AUGUUGUUAUUGUUUCUUCUCUCUUUUCUCCUCUUCGUUCACCCAUCACACACAAGUUGCUCGUCUUGUGGGGCGGCCACUGCGGCUGGCACGUGCAUUCUCGCGAGUGCCACCGAGUGUGGCACAUUGAUUUUCUACGACACCCCCGUUUUCACGUAUGACUCCAAUGAUGGAGGAUGCAAGACAGUGACGGUCAAAUGUCGUGGUCAGGAGUGGAUUUACAGCACGACUCGUCUUGAUGAUGGGACACCGGCUCUGUGCACGCCUUCUCGUUGUGAAUGCGAUGGAGUAUCAACUCAAAAUGUAAAAUGCACUGACGCUCUUUGCCCAUUCCCUGCGCCCACUUGUUGUCCGAGAUUCGUGAAAAAGAAGGAUAUAGUCUUGAAGAAAUACACGUGUCAGCCAGAG